CGGGGGGGCAGCUGCGCGUCGAGCCGGGAUUCCUGUGCAAAGCAGAAGCAGCGAAGCUGCAAAGCUGUCGAUCAUCGCCGGGUUACAUCUCACCCGUCACGCGUGGGACGGAUCCGCCAGCUCUGUGGAUUUACCCCCGCCUGGAAUAUGAGCAGGAGAAGAAGAAGAUAAGGCUUCCUGCGGGAUUCGAACCCCCGACCUUGCCUUCCUCCUGCUCCAUGGCCGGCCCCCCCCCGGGAGUCAGCAUGGGGGAGCCCAGUCUGGACGACUCCAACGUCAAGGUGGCGGUGCGAGUCCGGCCCAUGAACCGGAGAGAAAAGGAAUUAAACACAAAAUGUGUGGUGGAAAUGAUGAAGAACCAGACGAUCCUCCAUCCCGCCGGAGGAAACCUCGGAAAGGGAGACUCCCGAAACCAGUCCAAGGUCUUUGCCUACGAUUAUUGCUUCUGGUCCAUGGACGAGACGGACAAGGAAAGAUUUGCAGGUCAGGAGGUCGUGUUCCAGUGCCUUGGGGAAAGUCUUCUCCACAACGCCUUCCAGGGCUACAACGCCUGCAUCUUCGCUUACGGACAAACCGGCUCAGGGAAGUCGUACACCAUGAUGGGUUCCGGGGACCAGCCGGGCCUGAUCCCCCGGCUCUGCAGCGCUCUGUUUGAACGCACCCAGAAGGAGCAGCGGGAGCAGGAAAGCUUCACCGUGGAGGUUUCCUUCAUGGAGAUCUACAACGAGAAGGUCCGGGAUCUGUUGGACCCCAAAGGGGGUCGACAGACUCUGAAGGUGAGGGAGCAUAAAGUCCUGGGUCCUUACGUGGACGGCCUGUCUCGCCUGGCGGUGGCCUGCUACAAGGACAUCGAGUCUCUGAUGUCGGAGGGGAACAAGUCCCGCACCGUCGCUGCCACCAACAUGAACGAGGAGAGCAGUCGGUCGCACGCCGUCUUCAACAUCAUCCUCACACACACACUCAAAGACCUGCGGUCUGGGACGAGCGGGGAGAAGGUGAGCCGUCUGAGUCUCGUGGACUUGGCUGGAAGUGAGCGGGCUGCAAAGACGGGAGCAGCAGGAGAGCGGCUGAAGGAGGGGAGCAACAUCAACAAAUCCCUCACCACGCUGGGCCUGGUGAUUUCUGCUCUGGCUGAACAGGGGACGGCGAAGAACAAGAACAAGUUUGUCCCGUACAGAGACUCUGUUCUGACGUGGCUGCUGAAGGACUGUCUGGGCGGCAACAGCCGCACCGCCAUGGUGGCCACGGUGAGUCCGGCUGCAGACAACUACGAGGAGACGCUGUCCACGCUUCGCUACGCCGACCGGGCCAAGAGCAUCGUCAACCACGCCGUGGUGAACGAAGACCCCAACGCCCGCAUCAUCCGGGAGCUCCGCGAGGAGGUGGAGAAGCUGCGGGUGCAGCUGACGCAGGCCGAGUCUCUGAAGGCGCCGGAGCUGAAGGACCGUCUGGAGGAGUCGGAGAAGCUCAUCCACGAGAUGACCAUCACCUGGGAGGAGAAGCUCCGCAAAACGGAGGAGAUCGCUCAGGAGCGCCAGAAGCAGCUGGAGAGUCUGGGUAUUUCUCUGCAGUCGUCGGGGAUCAAAGUGGGAGACGAUAAGAGUUUCCUGGUGAACCUGAACGCCGACCCGGCCCUGAACGAGCUGCUGGUUUACUACCUGAAGGAACACACCAAAGUGGGCUCGGCCGACUCCCAGGACAUCCAGCUGUGCGGGAUGGGCAUCCAGGCGGAGCACUGCGUCAUCGACAUCACGGCCGAGGCCGGCGUGGUGCUGUCCCCGCACCGCAACGCUCGGACCUGCGUUAACGGCUCGCCGGUCACCAGUGGUCUGCAGCUUCACCACGGAGACAGAAUCCUCUGGGGAAACAACCACUUCUUCAGGAUCAAUCUGCCGAAGCGGCGCUCGCGUGCAGCGGAGGAUGAGGAGGGUGAGGGUGGGCUGAUGAAAAGCAGCGGCAGCAGCGAACAGCUGGAUGCAGACGGGGACACGGCCAGCGAGGUGUCCAGUGAAUUCAGCUUCUCCUACGAGUUUGCACAGACGGAGGUGAUGAUGAAGGCGCUGGGAAACAACGACCCCAUGCAGGCCGUCCUGCAGUCCCUGGAGCGGCAGCACGAGGAGGAGAAGCGCUCGGCUCUGGAGCGCCAGCGGCAGAUGUACGAGCAGGAGCUGACGCAGCUCCGCAGGAAGCUGAACCCGGACCGUCUGUCCGGCGGCCAGUCCGGGGCUCAGACGGCCGGCCAGCAGUGUCCGGGUCAGCCGUCUCAGUACCGCAGCCUGGAGCGGCUCAGCGUGGGCGGGAUGAGCCACUCCAGCAGCGCCCAGAGCCGGCUGCGGCAGUGGAGCGAGGACAGGGAGGCGGUGCUGGUCCGGAGCCUGCGCAGACUCAGGGAGCAGAUCGUCCGAGCAAACCUGCUGGUGCAGGAAGCCUGCUUCAUCUCCGAGGAGCUGGAGCGCCACACGGAGUACCGGGUCACCCUGCAGAUCCCGGCCGACAACCUCAACGCCAACCGCAAGAGAGACGCCGUCCUCAGUGAACCCGCCAUCCAGGUGCGCCGGCGCUGUCGAGGGAAACAGAUCUGGAGUCUGGAGAAGACGGAGAACCGGCUGGUGGACAUGAGGGAGCUGUACCAGGAGUGGCAGGACUAUCACCUCCAUCACCAGGACGACCCUGUGAUGCGCUCGUAUUUCCGCCGGGCGGAUCCGUUCUUCGACGAGCAGGAAAACCACACGCUGAUCGGAGUGGCCAACGUCUUCCUGUCGUGUCUGUUCUACGAUGUGAAGCUGCAGUACGCCGUCCCCAUCAUCAACCAGAAGGGAGAGGUGGCUGGACGGCUGCACGUGGAGGUGGUCCGGGUCGGGGGGGCUCUAGAGGACAGCAUGGCCGGAGGAGACGAACCCGACAACAACCAGGACUCCGACGUGGAGGAUCGUAAACUGGUCUGCAUGAUUAAGAUCCUGCAGGCCACCGGUCUCCCUCAGUUCCUGUCCAACUUCGUGUUCUGCCAGUACUCGUUCUGGGACCAGCCGGAGCCGUUCAUCGUGGCCCCCGAGGUGGACCCGUGCUCGUCCUCGCCCGGCACCAAGGACCCGCACUGCAUGGUGGUGUUUGACAGCUGUAAGGAGCUGGCCGUGUCGGUGUCGGAGGAUUUCAUCGAGUACCUGACGGAGGGAGCCGUGGCCAUCGAGGUGUACGGACACCGGCAGGCCGACGCCGGCAGGAACCCGGCGCUGUGGGACCUGAGCAUCAUCCAGGCCAAGACGCGUACACUGCGGGACAGGUGGAGCGAGGUCACGCGGCGCCUGGAGCUGUGGAUUCAGAUACUGGAGAUAAACGAGAACGGAGACUUCGUCCCCGUGGAAGUGGUUCCAGCUAAAGACGUUCCGACUGGGGGAAUCUUCCAGCUACGGCAGGGCCAGUCCAGGCGGAUCCAGGUGGACGUCCGCUCGGUCCAGGACUCGGGUACGAUGCCGCUGAUAUCGGAGAUCGUGCUGGCGGUCUCGGUCGGCUGUGUGGAGAUCAGAAACACGGCGGGGAACCAGGAGGGAGACGAGAUGGACAGCUAUCAGGAGAGAGACCUGGAGCGUCUGCGGCGUCAGUGGUUGUCUGCUCUUACCAAGAGGCAGGAAUACCUGGACCAGCACCUGCAGAGCCUCGUCAGCAAAGCAGAGAAGACGGAGGACGACAUGGAGAGGGAGGCCCAGCUGCUGGAGUGGCGUCUGACUCUGACGGAGGAGAGGAACGCCGUCAUGGUGCCCUCUGCUGGCAGCGGCAUUCCCGGCGCUCCGGCUGAAUGGUCUCCUCUGCCGGGCAUGGAGACGCACAUUCCUGUCCUCUUCCUGGACCUGAAACCUGACGACCUCAGCUCUCAGGACCAGUUUGAGGUUCCCGAGACGGGAGGUUGGGACGCCACGCUGAGCGGCGAGGACGAGGACGACUUCUUUGACCUGCAGAUCGUCAAACACUACGACGGAGAGGUGAGGGCCGAGGCGUCCUGGGACUCCACGGUGCACGACUGCCCCCAGCUGAGCCGCGGCGGCGCGUGGCCGGAGCACCGCGUGUACCUGACGGUGCGCGUGGUGGUGCAGCUCAGCCACCCGGCCGACAUGCAGCUGGUGCUGAGGAAGAGGAUCUGCGUCAAUGUCAACCCCGGCCGCCAGGGCUUCGCCCACAACCUGCUGAAGAGGAUGUCGGCGCGCAGCAGCAUCCCGGGCUGCGGCGUCACCUUCGAGACGGUGUCCAACAUCCCCGGGCAGGACGCCCCGGGCUCGGAGGACCGCGAGAUGCUGGCCCGGCUCGCCGCCAGCGCUCACAACAGCCAGUCCGGCGACGACGAGGCGGCCAUCGAGAAGUACCUGCGCAGCGUGAUGAGCCUGGAGAACAUCCUGACCCUGGACCGGCUCAGACAGGAGGUGGCGGUGAAGGAGCAGCUGACUGGCCGAGGGAGGAGCAGCAGGCGGAGCCUGAGCUCGCCCUCCGUCAACCGGCUGUCGGGGAGCAGGCAGGACCUGUCCACCACCUCGCUGCUGGAUGACAAGGGUCGGUGGGAGAGUCAGCAGGACAUCUUCAUGCCGUCCCAGUUCCACCGGACGCUCCCCCGACCGGCCUCGUCCCCGUCCACCUGCUCGUCCUCCCCCUUCGGCGUGACCCCCCCGGGCCCGGAGGCAGAACAAGGUCGUUCAGGACUUGCUGCCUCUUAUCUUUCAGUUAAGGCGCUGGUUCCUCAGAUGCCCAAACUGCUCAAGUCUCUGUUUCCGGUGAGAGACGAGAAGAAGGAGCUCCGGCCGUCGCCGCCGGGCCAGCAGAACCCUCAUCGCAUCUCGACAUCAUCAGGAGGCGACGACAGAGUGAAGUCUGAGACGGCUGCUGUUCUACGGCCGCUGGCCAAAGACCGGCGGACCGAGUCUCCGGAAGCCCCUCCUCUUCCUGUGCAUGACCCGCAUGACUCUGCCCCCCUCAGCCCCCUCAGCCAGUCGUCCAGCGGCUACUUCUCCGCUAGCGUUUCCACGGUGACCCUGUGUGACGUCCUCCAGCCCUCGUCCUCGUCCUCCUCCCUGGCCGGCGCUGCUGACGGGAGUGAUGUCAUGACCUCUCCUCCCCAGUGCGGCGCCAGGACGCCGGCGGUCACAUGCCCCGCCCCCCAAGCCUCGGCCAAUCACAACGCCGUCCCGGCGGAGCCGCCCUCGGGGGGCGACGGGGGCCCGGAGAGGGCGGAGGGCCCGGCACCGCCGCCGGAGGACGGCGUCCUGCCGGACUGGCUGGUGGACGGCGCCGCCGUCACGGUGGGCGGCAGCAAGGCCGGCACCGUGCGCUACGUGGGGCCGACCCAGUUUGCCGAGGGGCUGUGGGUCGGGGUGGAGCUGGACUCCCCCGUCGGCAAGAACGACGGCUCGGUGGGCCGGCACCGCUACUUCCGCUGCCGGCCGGGCCACGGGGUUCUGGUGCGGCCGGACCGGCUGUCGGGCCGCGACAGGGCCGCCGCCCCGGCCCACGUCCCGGUGCUGCGGGGGGAGGCCGCGGUGACCCGUCGGAGCGAGAACCGCAAAUCCUGGAGCAGCUGAGACCGGGCCGGGACCGGAUCCACCACCUCCCAGCCCCACGACCCGGGACGGGACCCGACCUCCGUCAGAGCCACGAGGAGGUGAUGAAGGACUCUGAGGACCCGUCCGGACCGGGUCUGGACCCGACGCAGCGCCAGGAACGCUCUGAUCCUCCGACCCGCCGGGCUGCAGGCGGGCCGGGUCUCCGGGGGCCGGGCCGGGCCGGGCCGACCGUCUAACGCCGUGUUUAUUUUUGUACUUUAUCGGUGCAGAGUUCUAACCUCACUGACGGGCCGGCGCCGACCCGGACGACCUGAAACAUCUUUGGACAUUUUUAUUUAGGUUUUAACCCGAUCAGACACUUCCUGUCACGUGUGAGUGGGAGAACGGGUCAGAACCGGCUCGCGUUGUGGGAGUCGGGUCCGUCUGGCGAGUGUUUGCAUCCCGGCGUGUUUCCCCCCCGGGUCGUCCUCCGAGGCUUCUCCGGGUCUCGGGUCUCCUCUGGUUCUCCAGGACGGAUCCUCCAUGUGCCUUCGCUGCGGCCCGAGUUGAACUCAGGGACAGAGGAGAGGACGGGGGGGCGGGGGUGUGUGGGUGUGUGUGUGUGUGUGUGUGUGUGUGUGUGUGUGUGUGUGUAUACUGGACUGUCUCAGAAAAUUAGAAUAUUGUGAUAAAGUUCUUUAUUUUCUGUUAUGCAAUUUUAAAAAAAUGUCAUAUAUUCUGGAUUCAUUACAAAUCAACUGAAAUAUUGCAAGCCUUUUAUUAUUUUGAUAUUGCUGAUCAUGGUUUAUUUUUAUUUUUUUAUUUAACCUUUCAUUAACCAGGUAGUAGCCCGUUGAGAUCAAGGAUCUCUUUCACAAGGGUGACCUGGCCAGGAAGGAGCAGCACGUCAAAACAAAUAAAAUCACAAGGUUAAAAGACAGAAUACAAAACAAUAACAGAGGAACAAAGUAGCAAUAAAAUGAUAAAACCAAGUUUUAUAAAGUGCAGAUGCAUAGGAGGUCACGGCCAGUUAACAGUAGGUCAUCACAUCAAUCAUAUAAAGUGAAGAUUAUUAGGAAGUAGGGCUGGGCGAUUUUGGAAAAAAAUAAAAUCCCGAUUUUUUUUCUCUGAAAACCCGAUUUUCGAUUUUGAUUUUUUUGUAAAACUACAAAAGACAAUGGAAAAAAUUGUUUCAAAUAUUUUAUCUUUAUUUUUAAAGAAAAAUAGCAAACAAAUUUCCCUAUUGGGAAUGAAGUGAAAUUGAAAGAUACUGUAAAUCCUCCUUGAGUUUAGUAAAGUGACAACAUUUACAAUUUCCUUGACCAAACAAAGAUGACUAGACGAGCUCUGUCUGUAAUGCAGCCAGCUGCAAAAAAGGAAAAUCCAUUUUCCGAUUUCCUUUUUUUAACAUCGAUUGUGAUUAAUAAAUCCGAUUUAGAUUUAAAAUCGAUUUAUCGCACAACCCUAUUAGGAAGACAUAACUACCAUCAGGUACAGAGACACUAAUGCUUUCACGCUCUCUGUCCUUCAAGAUCGAACCAAAGUCAUUGAAGGAUAUCAGGUCCAUCAGUUUAAAGUCUUUCUGAAAGGUGUUCCAAGCAAAGGGGGCAGCGAAUUUAAAAGCUCUUUUUCCAGCUCAGUGCAAACACACGGAACAAUAAAGUGUUUUAAAGUAAAGGGUUUACAGUUUAAGAUGAAGAUUCCCAGAAUAUUCAAAUUUUUUGAGAUAGGAUAUUUGAGUUUUCUUAAGCUGUAAACCAUGAUCAGCAAUAUUAAAAUAAUAAAAGGCUUGCAAUAUUUCAGUUGA